AUUUCGAGGGGUACCUUACAGUUUUAAAAGAGUCGUUCGGUCUUUAUACUAAAUUGCGAUCUCAAAUUUCGGCCCUGCAAAAAUUGUCGUUAUAUGACACCAUCCAUGUAAUAACCCUUGCACCGUUUUGUUUUAAAAUCUAAUGAUCAGAAGAUCACUGGUGCUGUUUAAUGCUGAUUCGGGCGCCAUGAAACGCCGUUUGGAGCAGCUGGCCGAGGACGCGCGUCCCAUGGCUGGUGAUUCGCGGGCGGGCGCAAUCUCGGAUGCCCUGCCUGUGGAUCUGCCAAAGUUGCGGUCCAAGCUGGAUCAAAUCGAAAACCAGGCCUUCGACCAUCAAUACCAGAGAGCGAUCGGUCUCAGUAAGAUCCCCUCGUAUGCGGGAAAGCAAGAGCGAGAGAUUGCGAGCUCAAAGGUGUGGACGGGCAAGGAGUCUGUCUACGAUGCGUCGCUGAGAAUGCUCAACGACAAGUACAAGCCGUUGCCCAAGGCAAACGUGCGGCAGAGGCUGCACAAUGCUCGCGACGGGGCCCUCGAUUACCAACUGGGCAAACUGUCGGACAAAAAUAAAGCUAAGGACGAGGACGACGACCAGUUUGCCGAGAUGUACAGGGAACGACUGUUGGGCCCUGCGCAGUUUCUUGGUGACUCGUACGCGUCUCUGGACAACUCUGUGCGGUCGCUGGCCGACCAGCGGAUCCAGGAAGCGCAACGACGCGGGGAAUUUCGUAAUCUUCCCCGAGGAAAACCGCUUCCCAAAGAUUUCACCGGCAAUAACGCCUUCAUUGACCGCACAGAGUACCACUUGAACAACAUUCUGAAACGGCAGGAGGCGGUUCCGCCGUGGAUAGAGAAACAGGGCAGUGUGGAGGCUCAGAUCCGCCAGUUUCGGCGCCAGCUCGACUCCGAUUGGACACUGCAGGCCGUGCACAUCGUUUGCGAGAAACACUCGAAGAAAAGCGACACGGACAAGAUCCAGAUCAUGAGCCAGUACGCCGAGGCAGAGCGCAACAAUAACUCGAGUUAUACGAAGCUGCGCAGCAGCCAAUGGGAACAGAAAUACAGCAACUAUCUGGAGGUCAAAUUAAAAGCGCUGAAUGACAGCAUCCGAGGUUAUAAUCUGCAGGCUCCUUUGGCAUCGCAGAAACUGUAUCUAAACGCAAACUCCGAGCUGGAAAAAUGUUACCGGCGAUGCGCGGACAAUUUAGAGGCGGCGAUCAAGAAACACCUGCUGGGCGAGCAGUCUGGAGCACAGUCUUCGAUGGGCCCGAGAUCCCACCGCGUUCCUGGGUACCGGGACGUGAGGCAGCGCGACAUCCAUCAAAUAUACCAGGCGCCAACCGAGUCUCUCGGAAAACAGCUUCUGGAUAUCUUCCGCUGGCGGCGCAACGACGAAUAAUAGUCCCUGGAGGUGACGGAAUAUAUAUGUGUGGAGGGUAAAUCUGACAGGGUGUAGCAAAGGUAAUAUUUUCCUAAAACAUGCAAUCGGCUGCCCCGCAACGGGAAAAAGAAUGACUUUGGCACUCUUCACCAGAGUGGGGUGUCCCGCUCGUGUGUGCAAAUAGGCUCCCACUGGUCACCCCGGAUUUUGCAGAAAAACAGCAAGUUCCGGGGUGUCUCACUGGUGUCCGCCAAUAAGAGGAGCCGGCAGGCACGGAGUCUACAUCAAGCUGUCUCCGAUACACUCGACUACCAUCCGGGUCUCUCAGAGAGGGGAAUGGCACUAUAAAUACCGCCUCCUUGCGCUCUCUGCCUUCAUCAAUCAAAUCAUG